GGGUCUGCGGGGGCGCGGGCGUCGGGGACGCGCAGGUCGCUCGCCCCCGUGUAGGAGGCGCUUCUUGGGUCGCGCGCACGGCCUUUCAAACUCUGAGUGGAAAUCGAAGGCGCCCAAGGGAAAGACGUGUGGAGCAUGAAGAGGCAGGGGACCUCCUUGGAGCGGAAGUUGGCGCGGAUACAGUCGGGGACGGCCGGAGCACCAAAUGGAUUUCUCAUGGAAGUAUGUGUGGAUUCAGUGGAGUCGGCUGUGAAUGCAGAAAGAGGAGGUGCUGGUCGGAUUGAAUUAUGUUCUGGUUUAUUGGAAGGAGGAACCACACCCAGUAUGGGUGUCCUUCAAGUAGUAAAACAGAGUGUCCAGAUCCCAGUUUUUGUGAUGAUUCGGCCACGUGGCGGUGAUUUUUUGUAUUCAGAUCGUGAAAUUGAGGUGAUGAAGGCUGACAUUCAGCUUGCCAAGCUUUAUGGUGCCGAUGGUUUGGUAUUUGGGGCAUUGACUGAAGAUGGAUAUAUUGACAAGGAGCUGUGCAUGUCUCUUGUGGCUCUUUGCCGUCCUCUGCCAGUCACUUUCCAUAGAGCUUUUGACAUGGUUCAUGAUCCAAUGGCAGCUCUUGAGACCCUCGUAACAUUAGGAUUUGAACGAGUAUUGACCAGUGGAUGUGACAGUUCAGCAUUAGAAGGACUACCUCUAAUAAAGCGACUCAUAGAUCAGGCAAAAGGCAGGAUUGUGAUAAUGCCAGGAGGUGGUAUAACUGACAGAAAUCUACAAAGGAUCCUUGAGGGCUCAGGUGCUACAGAAUUUCAUUGUUCUGCUCGGUCUUCAAGAGACUCUGGAAUGAAGUUUCGAAAUUCCUCUGUUGCCAUGGGAGCCUCACUUUCUAACUCGGAAUAUACUCUAAAGGUAACAGAUGUGACAAAAGUAAGGACUUUGAAUGCUAUUGCAAAGAAUAUUCUGGUGUAACCAGACCUUUCCAAGAGACAUGGAAAUCACAGCAUAAAGGGUCUUGCAAAGCAAUUCAAGCUGUUACUGAACUCUCUGUGUAGACCAGACUGGCCUUAAAUUCCCAAAGAUCCUCCUGCGUCUGCCUUUCGAAUACUGGAAUGACCGGAGUGUGACACCACAUCUGGCUUUAGACUGAUCUUUGUGCUUAUACUCUCUUAGUUAUUUUUACUUAAUACCAAAACAUUCCAGCAGUAACUAUAGACUAAAUAGUUAUGGACAUCUUUAAAGAAAAUUUCUUUUAAAAUUAUCUUACUUGGUUAAAACAAAUGUAUUUAAUAAUGAAAUAAUAAGUACUUGUGUCCUGAGAUUGGACAUGAGACAAGGUGCCCACCCACUAUCACCAUUUUCAUUUAUUAUUGGUAACUACAGUUACUAUAGUACAGCAAAAUAAAAAAUUUAAGGAUUAGAAAGAAAAUAAAUUUUUGCAAAACAUCAAAUCAUAUGAAGAACAUCUAAAAAACAGAAUUAAUGAGUGAUCAAAGAGGUUUCUGCCUACAGAGUUAGAAAAUAUAUAAAAAUUGUACUUUUUUUUUUUUUUUUUUUUUUGUCUUUUUGAGACAGGAUCUCACUAUGCAGUUCAAGCUGGCCUUGAGCUCAUGUUGUAACCCAGGCUGGUCUUGAAUUUGCAACUCUCCUCCUGCCUCAGCCUCCUGAUGGUUGGGAUUACAGGUGUGUGCCACUACAUCCAAUUUGUACAUUUUAAAUAUAGUCAGUAUUAAUACCUCAAUAAAGUUUUUUUAAGGUUUUUUUAAUAGAAUGUUUUUAAAAUAGGGAUGAAUCUAAUGAAAGAAAAAGUCUUUAAAACCAUUUAAAAUUUUCUCGCUUCCUGCUUUUUAUUAUGAAAAUUUUAAUGUAUUCCUGGAUCCCACUGAUGUAUUUGCUGGUUUUUUCUCCUCUCCUCUGUUCUCUUUCUCUCCCACACACCCAUAAUGAACUCAGCCUCUGCAGAACAUUAUCAUUAUCAGCAUUGGCAAUUCAGAAUAGUAAGUCUGGAGCACCAUGGAAAAAUCAAAUCUCUGUAUUACAUUCUAGUCACCAUAUUUCAUUUUAAUUUGGGGUCAUCUAUCUCCAUGAGAUCAUCUUUAAGUAGAAAGCUCAUAUUAACUUGUGUCUUCUCUCCAGUAUUUCAUACAAAGUACAAAGUAGGUGCUUUAAAGUGCCAGUUAGUGCUUUAUUUAAUAACAAAAUAUAAUUUCUGAUUGUGGUUCUCCUGGUACUUGAGACCCCUAUUACACAGAACUAUAGCAUUCAAUCCAUUGCGUGAGCUAGGGAUCUGGCUCAGUGGUGAUUCACUUGCCUAGCAUACAUAAAACCCUAAGUUUAAUUAGUACGGCAAAAACAAUAACAACAAAUUAAGUACAUAACCCAGGAAAGUGUAAAUAAAUAUCUAUACAAAAACUUGCCAUAUGAAUAUUUAUAACAUUAUUUAUCUUUCAAUUUAGAGAAUUACUACUUUUCAAGUCCUAAUGAAAAAUCAAUUAGAGAUAAUCACUGCUAUAAUUCAGAUAAAACACUGACUAGGAACUAAAUUUCCACAUGGUAUGAGAAAAUACCCUAUAGACAGUGUUCUAGUCAUAAUGUUACCAUCAGCUGAGGGUUGUUUUACUUAAUUAGGAUUAAAUCACAAUGCCAGCAGUUUUCAGCUGUUUAGCAGCCCUGUUUGCUGCUUUCUUGGCCAUCAGAAGCCAGUUCUGUACAUACCAGCAGCUCUCUGGAACUCUUCUAGCAGCCAAAGCCAGUAGCUAUCAACAAUUUUACAUUGCUUUUCACCAUUCUCUGGCUGCCACCUGACCUCAGUGUUACCAGCCCUGGUUGCUGAUCUCUUUUAGCACUAGCAAGUUUAGUGUUACCAGUUGCUGGUAUAACCUGCUCAGCUUCCUUUAAUAAAGGUAGAAAUCAUAAAAAGGCAAAAUACACUAUCUAUAAAAGAGGCUUUAUUAAGUGUAUGCUUCAGCAUAAGAGGAAGCAAUACACAGACUGCUCAGAUAAAGGUAUGGGAAAAGCUGCUUAUGUAGGCAAAAAGCAGGGUUACACAAGUGCAGUAGCCUGCCAGCUAACAGCAGAGUUUUGCUUAGUCAUGGUAGGGCAGGAGCCCUCACAGGCCAGAUUGGAGAUGGCUGCAAUUGUUGUGAGUCAUCCAGAGUGGCUACAGGGUGGAGCCAUUUGGGAUGGACCUGGGGCUACAGCUUGCUAUAAUCAAAGCAUAAGUCUCCACAUGGCUUCCAGGUGUUUAGUGCCUCUGAAACUGUCAGAAGUGGAAGAAAAAAACUUUUUUCAGAGUAUCUCAGAGGGAACAUUGGGCCCUUCUCAUAUUUCUAAAGUAAAAACUUGAAUUAUAAUUGUCUGGUUGUUGCCAACUUAACCCAGUAACCAAACUUAAUAAUACUAGUUGUGGAAGAGCAUGCAGCUAAAGAACAGGAUUUCAGGGACUGAGACAAAGUACAGAAUGUGGUGAUCAGCAGUUGAUCAAGCAAAAGUGAACUAUAGCACCAAUUCAUUAUAGUGGCUAGCCAUCCCAGUUUGCUUAGAACGUUUCCAAUUGUAGAAACGAAAGGCCUGCGUCUUGGGAAAGUGGAAGAUUGGUUACCUUACCAGCUUAGUAAAUAAUCUUCAUACCUUUGCCCCUGGCUCUUAGCUCCCCAUCCCAAUAGGGGAGGAGGAGUUAAAUAACAUGGAAAAAUACUAAAAGAAGUGAUAUUUUGUUCCCCAGCAGUAGCUGAUGUCUCAACCAUGAAAGAAAAAAAGCUUUAAAUUAGAUUUGGAGUAUUUUUGUGAAGUGAUUUUCCAAAUUGCAAUAGUUGUAUUAACUCUGAAUGUGUUAAAAAUCAUUGACUUGAACGCUUUUAAGUAGUCGAAUUGUACUUAAUUUGUAUCUCAAUAAAGCUGUGUUUAAAAAUA